AUGGCUGGCAGAGGUCAGCGCGGGCCCGCCAAAACCCUCCUGCAGCCCAUUCACUUUAUCUUUAAGCUCCUACAGCAGAGGUCUACGGUUGUCAUAUGGCUGUAUGAGCAGCUUGCCGUGCGGAUAGAGGGGAAGAUACGCGGUUUCGAUGAGUUCAUGAACCUCGUGAUCGACGAUGCAGUCGAGGUCACAUUGGCGACGAAAGACCAAGCGGAGAAAAGGAGACAACUGGGCCAAAUUCUGCUCAAGGGCGACAACGUUUCUUUGAUACAAGCUUUACAAUGA